CAUAUAUUUUAUAGGUAGUUUUUGCAAAUUUCUAAACGUUACCAUGAUCAGGCUUACACUAGUAUCUUUAUGUAUGGUAUGUUCCACGAUGGGUUUUCCAAACGGAGCCCCGGACCUCGCAUGCAAGGGCAUGAAACCGGGUCACCUGCCCACGACUACAUCUGGGACAAACCCCUUCAUGCUGAACAUUUCAUCUACAACUUACAAACCAGGAGACACUGUUACUGGCGAGCUGUAUGGACCAGCUGGAUCAGACGGAAUGUUCAAAGGAUUUCUAAUCGAAGUUGGAACUCAAAAUAGUGUGGACCAGGAGGAAGAGGCAGUAGGAGAGUUUGUAUCCCUGGAUUCGUCCAUACAGAAACACGUCUGUGGAAACGCUGCAAUUACACACAUCAACAACAAAGAAAAGACACGGGUGUCAUUCUCGUGGAAAGCACCCCAAGAAACGGCUGGAACUCUUUAUUUCAGAGCCACAGUCGUACAGAAGUUUUUCCCAAGCAAAUACUGGUUGGGUGCUUUCUCAGUUGCCAUUACCCCGGCAUAGAUUUAUGAGAACACUGCUUUACUUCCAUGUUAUGUUCUGCAAUAGUUUUGCAUUAAACGUGUAUACAUC